CCGUACCACAAAAAUUGCCACGAAGAACAGAACUCUCUUUAGUGCCGCAUCAAAAUUAAACAAUUUUAGCUGUAUAGUCAGCAAAUAAAGUCAUUAUUAUAUUUGUUGCUUAAAGGGAGAAAACAAUGGGAUCAAGUCACAGCGUUCAUGUACCCGGCGGUGGCACUGAAGGCUACCACGUACUCAAGGUGCAAGACAACUCGCCCGGCCAAAAGGCUGGCCUGGAGGCAUUCUUUGACUUUAUCGUGGCCAUAGCAGGCACACGUCUGGACCAGGACAAUGACAUGCUCAAGGAGCUGCUGCGUCAAAACGUUGAUAAACCUGUUCGCAUCACAGUCUAUUCGAGCAAAACACAAACUGUCCGUGAACUCACACUGACACCCAGCAAUAACUGGGGUGGCCAGGGACUGCUGGGCGUGAGCAUACGCUUCUGUUCGUUUGAGGGCGCCAACGAGAGCGUCUGGCACAUACUGGAGGUGCAUCCAAACUCACCAGCCGAGCUGGCCGGCCUGCGCGCCUACAGCGACUAUGUGAUUGGCGCCGAUGCCAUACGCCAUGAGAACGACGAUCUGUUUACGCUGAUCGAGACGCACGAGCAACAGCCCCUCAAGAUGUACGUGUACAAUCUGGACGACGAUGCUUGCCGGGAAGUAACCAUUAAGCCCAAUACUGCCUGGGGCGGCGAGGGCGCUCUGGGCUGUGGCAUUGGCUAUGGCUAUCUGCAUCGCAUACCCGUGCAGCCUGCACCUUCGCCGUCCCCAUCAGCUGGGGCGGCUGCGGCGGUACCUGUUGGCCCGGCUAAUCCCGUAACGACGCCUGUCGUUGCGGCCGCAGCGGCCAGUGCCGUUGUUGCACCAACAUUGCCUUAUAUACCGCCACUGGCCAACACAUUUGGCUCGACAAACGCCGAGAUCCGGCCACCAACUAUAGAGCCGCCAGCACAGAGCAUAUUCAAGACCUACUUCAAUCCGGAUGAUGCCACGGAUGCGUUAACAGCUGCACUCGAAACCCAAGCAACGCUCAAUGAGCCGCAGCUGGCCGCGCCAUCCGACAGCAUUGCAACGCCAGCAGCCGCAACUGGCGCACCAGAAACACCAGCACCGCAGCAAUCCGUGGCACCGCCUCAAACCGUGGCCGCACCUCAGCCCGUGGGACCGCCCCAGCCUGUGGCGCCACCAGCGAACAUCUUUAUACCCGGCGUAUUCGAUCCCAAUGCCCCAGAACAGAAUGCGAACGUGAGCGUUGGCAUUGGCGGCAUACCUGCCGCUCAAUUACCAUUUCCACAGGCGACUACAGCCACGCUGCCAGCCCCGGCGGUGCCCAUGUUCUCGAUGGCCGCACUUCCGCAGCAACAGCAACAGAUAUACAUGUCGGCACCGGCGGCUCUCUCGUAUCCAGCCGGCUCCGCUGCCCAGACGGUGCCCACGUAUCCACAGGUGCAGCCAGCCAUGGGAGGUCUGUUUCCCACGCAGCCGACACCGCUGCCGCCGCAGAUGGCACAUGUGUUUACGCCACAGACGCAAGCAACGCCGCCGCCGCUGGCAGCGCCCAGCACGGAACAAACACAGCCACCAGCUCCAAUGUCCAGUGCUUAAAUCGACUCAGGAGCUCAGCUAUGUUAACCAAUUUCAACUUCUGUACGUUAAUUGCGACUUUGCAUAAAUUGUCGUUAAGUUUAUCGUGUGAUUGUUUUUAUGAAUCAAAUUGCGAGGAAGCGAAAUCACAAGUGACAACUGUCGAAACAUUUCAGUGCGCAAUGCAUUAAUAAACAUAACUAUACAUUCA